AUCAGGUAUUUACUGUGAACAGAAUGAAGGGAUUAAUAUAUAUUGGGCAGUUGAAGAGUGGCAGCACGAAUGUGCUGCACGAUGUGCAGUGGCAGCGUGGUAAGUGUGGAACCGGAACCGAGACAGCCUGAGUGUCUUAUAAAUGGGUUGAAAUCCAACUCUACUCACGACACACAGGAUCGAUGACUACGGUAAUGCUCCUCAUCAACUUCAUAUGCUACUGACCGUUUAUCCUCGUGUUUAGCGAUAUGCUAGGAUUGCGCGAUGUAGCAAAAAAAGUCUAUCUUACUGUGAGAAGGCGCCAGCCCCCGGCGCAGACAACCCAGCCUGAACUAAUAGAAACGGUGCGGGUGCACACGAGCUCAGUGGAGGCACUCGCGUUCUUCAAAGACGGCCGACGGAUCGUCACUGCUUCGAUGGAUAAAACAUUGCGCAUCUGGGACGUGGAGAAAAGAGCAUUUAUAGGAUGGCCAUUCAAGGGACACAGGGACAUUGUGAUGUCAGUUACCGUAUCGCCAGACGAUAGGCGAAUUGCCAGCAGUGGAGAAGAUAAUACCAUCAUCAUCUGGGAUGUCGAAAGCAAGCAAAUGGUAUUCAAACCGCUGGUGGGGCAUACACGCCGUGUGUCCUCGGUGUGUUUUUCCCCCGAUGGAGAGAGACUUGCAAGUGGGUCAUGGGAUGAUAGAGUUAUUAUAAGGGAUGCAGAGACCGGCGCUGUCCUCUCAACACUCGAGGGUCACGCUGGUUCACACGUUUUGUGUGUCGCCUUCAGCCCGGACGGGCUAAAAUUAGCAUGCGGCGGAUCCCGUGGUAACAUUUGGGUUUGGUGCACCGAUAACGCCGAGCUUCUGUUCAAGAUCGACGCUCAUGGUGAUUGGGUUAACAGCGUUGUGUGGUCGCCUGACGGCCAGCAACUUGUCUCCGCAUCAGAUGACAAAACAAUCAAGUUUUGGGACUCCUCGAAUGGUUUCCAGAUCGGUCUACCUUGUACUGGUCACACUGGGAUAAUUUACUCCCUGGCCAUCUCUUCUGAUGAUUCCUUCAUUGCCACUGCCUCGCACGAUACGACUGUACGCUUAUGGAGUACAAAGUCACAUCUCCAGAUAGGACAGGCACUCAAACACACCACAUAUGUUGACUGCGUCACAAUUUCUCCUAGUGGAGAACUACUUGCGAGUGGAGACUGUGAUGGGAAUAUUUGGCUCUGGUCGAUCGAGAACAUACUUUCUGCAACAUUUGCGCUGGAUUCCUUACACCAUUUCUAUUUUGCACAUCGUAGUAAGAGGAAGCUUGAACGAAAGCUCUAUGUGGAGGCCCUUUCGGAUGCGAACAAGGUUAUUGAGCUCAACCCUUCGUCUUAUCUCGGGUACGAACUGAAGUAUGCGGCUCUUCGUGGAGCACGACACUAUGAUGAUGCGUUUAAGGCCUUCAAGAUAAUGCUUUCCAUGUUGGAUGAUGCACCCGACCCGCAUAUACGACAGCUCCGCCAGAAAUACGUCAGUCCAUCUGAAGUAGAGGAUGCUAUUCGACGAGCCAUUCACGCCAAACUGGAAAAUGCCCCCCUUCGGCUAAUCAACACUUCUACUGGACGUUUGUGCAAUCGAGAUGUGCAAAUCAACAUAUUCAUUGGAAGCACAGGGUACAAAAAACUUUUGCAUUCAUUUGACAUGCAUGCGCCCCUCAAAACGGAGCCCGUCGAAGAAGCGGUCACAAAGUACUUCAGUUGGGUCAUGUUAUCCCAUAGGUGGGAAAGGAAGGAGCCGCUAUUACACGACAUUCAGGACAAGGUCAUAUAUGAGUUGAAUCCGGUCGGAACCAUGGUGAAGUUGCAGAAGUUCUGCAAAGUUGCUCGCGAUGCGGGCUAUAGCUGGGCAUGGAGCGACACAUGCUGCAUCGACCAGGACAACAAUGUUGAGCUCCAGCAAUCAGUCAACUCCAUGUUCGUCUGGUAUCACCACUCAGCGCUCACCAUCAUCUACCUAUCAGAUGUUCCUCCUUCGUCAAAGUCAGGCGCGCUCGCCAACAGCAUUUGGAACACACGAGGAUGGACUGUUCAGGAGUUCCUCGCUCCUAAAAUUGUUCUCUUCUACCAAGCAGAUUGGAGCCUAUAUCUCGGCAACCUCUCACGCAACCACAAGCAAUCUUUCAGAAUCAUGAAUGAGUUGGAGCGUUCAACUGGCAUAGAUGUGCGGGCGCUCAUCCACUUCCAUCCUGGGACAAAAGAUGCCCGAGAGAAACUUCGAUGGGCAUCGAACCGAGACACCACGAGGGAGGAAGACAUCGCCUACUCUUUGUUUGGCAUCUUUGAUGUCAACCUUCCUGUUAUCUAUGGAGAAAAAAGACAAAAGGCGCUCGGACGACUCUUACAGGAGAUCAUAGCCCAUUCGGGCGACAUCACGGCCCUGGACUGGGUGGGACAAUCGUCCAACUUCAACAGUUGUCUCCCGGCCGAUAUUUCCUCAUACAAGGCUCUGCCAUGCAUGCUAUCAUCUCUAUCUGAACACGGCAUACAGGAGUCGGUCUCCGCGCUGCGAAACGACAUUGUGGUUGUGGAGUCGGCUUCAAAACUGUAUGCCACUCUGGAGAAUCUUAGCGUUCCUCGUUUCGCAAAUGCCAGACUGCAAUUGCCUUGCAUCGCAUUUACUCUCACAGAAGUUAGGCGGAGGCCUGGUCAAGAUGAAGCUAGACGUUUCGCUUAUGACAUCAAGGCACACGGCUUACAAGACCUGCUGGUCACGACAAAAGACAAACUAGUUGAAUUCUGGCCUACAAGGCGUACUCGGCAGACAUUCAUGCUCGUCCGUCCGUGGAAUCGGUAUGAUCUCGGGCUGAUUAACUUUGCGGACGAGACGCAGACCAUAGAAGAUUGGCCCGAGCCUGGAUACAACGAGUCAAUUACGCAAGAGUUGAGGUUGAUCGUUCGCCUUGGACAGCCUUUUGGCGCACUUUUGCUGGCGCAGCAGUGGGGUGGAGAGUAUAAGAGGAUCGCUUCGGAUAACAAUAUUAUUGCGCAAGUCAGAGACAUGACUUCUGUUGAUGAUAUAAUGGACGUCAGGAUGGUGGAGAUAUUGUAGCCUCGAAGAAUCAGACGUUUUCAUUCCACACCUUGACAGUACCUCUAGAAUUCAAAGGCAGGAAGAGCUCGAUUCGUCAACAAAUUUCCACAGUCCAAAAAAGGUCGUCGGACCGGCAAUUAAGUGUGCCGCGUCUCUUGUUCUCUCGUGACUCAGUGAGAGGUCCAC